UCAAGAGCAUGCAUGUUCCUUGAUAAUCCAUACAUCCAUUAUGCAAUGAAAAUAUCAUUCCUUCAAACGACGUCCAUAAUUACUAGGAAAUAAUUAAUAAAUGGAUUAAUUUAGCCAUUUAUAUCCAUGUAAUCUCUAGUUCCACAAGACAAUUGUCAACUUCUAAUUUGAAACUAUUGUUUGUGUCUCAGAGUGAACGUUGACAAUUUGUAAAAUAUGAUUAUUAACUAUCUUUUCUUCAAAUUAAAAUGAUAUUAUAAAUACGAGAUUAUAUUUUCGAUAUAUAAUAACUUAAUUAAUUAUAACUGUCGAAGUUUAAUUGUUAACUGGCUUAGAAUUUAGAGACAUAACCUAAACACGAUAUGACACGAUUUGACCUUAGUGUCACUUUAUAUGUACAUGGCUUUUUCCGGCCAAAAAAUGAAAAGAAAUAGAAAAAAAAAAAAAAAAAAAACUCCAUAUAUAUGAAACUUUGAAGUCAACAUCAAGGGAACCAGCCAAAAAUAAAAGAAAGGGCUCUUUUUCUAACAUAGCCGCAACAGAGAAACAGAGUGUACGUGGCCUUAAAACCCAACCGACCACUUAAAUUAAGCCCUUGGGAAUUUUGAUGUUCCCAGUCAAAUACUCGCCAAACAUGCUUUUACUUUUCUUUCACUAUUAAUUUCUUAUGACCCACAUGACACAAGUUUAUCACACAUCCCCUCUCAGCUCCUCCUCCAUAACCUCUCUCUCUAUCUCUCCAUUUGUAUAUAUACAUCUGCCUCUCAUCUCACAACAUAAUUCAGCCAGCCACUCUCUCUCGCUCUCUCUCUCUCUCUCUCUCUCUCUCUCUCUCUCUCUCUCUAUAGCUCUCUAAUUCUUUGAAGUAGAGCUAUAGAAAUGGCUUCCAUGAUUCAAAUGCCUACCACAAACAUGAACCAACAUGUGACGUUUCCCAAAACAUUGGGAUACGCUCGGUUACUUUUGGGCAAAUUUGUCUGGCAAAAAAAACUGAAGUGGCAGCUGCCACGAGACACGCAGUUGCUAUGUCCGCAGCAGCAGCCGCUGAAGUGGUAACAAGAAAUACUACUGGAGCCAAUAUUAACAAUCCCAGCUCUAGCACUAGUUUGGCUGAUCAAUGGAGAGAAAUACAAGGAUCAAACAACUGGGAAAACCUGGUGGAACCAUUGCACCCACUUCUCCGGCAAGAGAUCAUUAGAUACGGAGACUUUGUCACCGCCUGUUACAAGGGCUUUGAUCUCGACCCCAACUCCAAACGCUACCUCAAUUGCAAAUACGGAAAGAAAAACAUGUUCAGAGAGGUUGGAAUGGAGAAUUGCGGUUAUGAAGUCACCAAGUACAUCUACGCCACUCCAGACAUCAACAUCCCAAUCCAAAAUGGAGAGUCGUGCGGCCGUUGGAUUGGAUAUGUCGCCGUCUCGUCAGAUGAUGCGGUUAAGAGGCUUGGAAGAAGAGAUAUUAUUGUUACCUUCAGAGGCACUGUUACAAACCCUGAGUGGGUUGCAAACCUAAUGAGCUCACUCACUCCCGCAAGGCUCGAUCCUCAUAAUCCAAGAAAUGAUGUAAAAGUGGAAUCUGGGUUUUUGAGCUUGUACACGUCAGAUGAAAGCCAAAGCAAGUUUGGACUAGGAAGUUGCCGGGAACAGCUUCUUUCGGAGGUGUCGAGGUUGCUAAACAAGUACAAAGGUGAGAAGUUAAGCAUAACUAUGGCAGGACAUAGUAUGGGGAGUUCAUUGGCUCUUCUUCUUGGUUAUGACAUCGCAGAGCUCGGGUUAAACCGAGAUAAUUCUGGAACGAAAACACCGAUUACAGUGUUCUCGUUCGGAGGCCCAAGGGUUGGAAACUCGGGGUUCAAGCAAAGGUGUGAGGAAUUGGGUGUGAAGGUGUUGAGAAUAGUUAACGUGAAUGACCCCAUUACCAAGAUGCCUGGGGUUGUUUUCAAUCAUGAAAAUUUUAGGGUUUUGGCAGGUGAGGGGUCAUUUGAGUUCCCAUGGAGUUGCUCGUGUUAUGCACAUGUGGGAGUUGAACUAGUACUUGAUUUCUUCAACAUGCAGAACCCUUCAUGUGUUCAUGACUUGGGGACUUAUAUUAGCUUGCUCAAAUGUCCAAAGAGAGUCCAGAUUCAAAAGGAGGGAGCGGAUUUGAUGAACAGAGCUAGAGAACUGCUCUUGAAAAUGAAUAUGAGUGCUCGAAAUCUCAACAUGCAGCUGCCGAUCCCAUGGAGAAGUGCUUCUGCUAGCAGCCCCACCAGCAAUAUGGUGAACCUUCAGGUUCAAUCGCAAAGAACAUGAUUGUUCAUAAAGUUUAGGGUAUUUAUAUGUAUACCAACUUCAUCCCCACCCUUGUAAUUUUUGUUUAGGAAGGGGUUUGUGAUUAGAAUAGUCAUGAUCUAAUGCAUAAGCUUGUACAUUAGGAAAUAGUUGAUAACCUCUGGAAAGAAAUCGAUCAAGAGGUUAAAAGUUUUGCUAUCAAAUGAAACUACCAUAUGAAUAUAUAUAGGGUUAGCAUCCA